GGUACACAGCAGCAGAAGUUUGAUGCAGUGUGCUCUCUGUCUCUCAGUGCUGGAGUAUUGAGGCGUGCCGCUGCUCUGUGCAUGUGAUGGCGAGAGGAGGUUCUGCUUCUAAAAAGCCUUCACAGUGGCACAGCUGCAUUACUUGUGAGUCGGACUGAGCUGGGAAAGCUUAGUCAGCGACCUACAGGAUAUUUCUUGCCGGUGAAAUCGUGCCCAAGGACAGGAGUGGAUCAUGGGAGCGACAUUAUCCGCUCAGCAAGACAGCAAAUGUGAGGAGGAUGAGGAGCAAUAUCCCGGACAGGAUGAAUCGCUGGAGGACAGCGAGGAAGACAAGUUGCUGCAGAACAAUGGGCAAUUCUCAAGCCAGAGUGAAAAAACUGAAAACCUGACAGAUGAGAUGAAUAGUCAGUCUGAGGGGAGGGACCUUCUAGAUGUGGGAUCUGGAUUUGUGACCUUAAAAGAAGAUCCUUCAGAUACAACCCACAGUUCUCAAGAAGAUGUCUCUCAAUCGAGCACCAACAACAUUAGCGAACAAAUGAAUAAUACAGAUGACAUGAUAGCAAAAGAGGAGAAUGAGGCCAACAACAAACAAAAUGACACUGAAAUUGGCUUCAAAAAAACCUUCAGAUUUGGUGGAUUAAAAUUCACUCUAAAAAAAGACAAGGUUGAUGCAGAUGAGCUAAUCAAAUUUGAGGAGAACAUAAAUGCUGCAAGCCCAUCAGAGGACUCUUGGGACACUAUAGAUGUGAAUGCUGCCAGCAAAACUGAGCAGGAUACAGAAGUGAUAAAGAAUGAAAGAAUGGGAGGUGAUACACAUGCUGAGUCUCCUAAAAUAUACAAUAAAAGUGCAAUAGGUAAAAUUUCAUCACAUAUUGAACACCAGGAAGAAGCCUCUCCUGAUAAAAAAAACAUGGAGGAUGUUCCAAAAAGCCCUGAACCUGAGGAACUAAUGUCCCCAAUUAAGCGAUUUUUCUCACAAGGACUUUUGUCUAGCUUGAAAAAGAAAAAAAAAGAGGGAGAAAAACCAAAAGAGAACAAAGAAGAACUCAAAAGUCUGGACAAAAUAGUUGAAAAAGAAACAACAAAAGAUGACACUACAUGUACAUGCCUUGAUGUCUCUAGUAGUAUAUUUGACCAAGAUAAAGAUAUACAACUCUAUAAGAAAGAUGAGUGCAAACCUACAGCUGAAAGAGAUAUAAUGAAUUCAGUUGAACAAGAUAAAGUGCAAGCAAGUCCAUUCAAGAGGCUUUUUAGGAAACUUUCCACAAGGCGACAGAGCGACACAAAACCUGUGGACAUAAAUUUACCUGACCCUGGAAUAAAUAGCAAUGAAAAUCCUCAAUUAUCCACAGAAUGUAUUAAGUCUGAAAAGGAGCAAGAAACAAUGGUGGUUGUAACACAGCCUUCUGGUGAGAUGGUAGACAUGAGCCAUGAAGAGUCAAAAAAAAAGUCGGACUCAACUGUUUCCUGGGAAAACCUGAUAUGUGUCAGGUCUGGCAAAGCAAGAUCCAGGAAAACAUCUGACUCUGAGAAUGAAACUCAAGAUAAAGGAGAGGUGUUCAAAAGAACAACCGAAUCACCAAUUGAAAGUUCCACUGAAGCUGAUCAUCUUACAUCAUCCAAUGAACAAGGUGGAAGUCCUGGAGAAGACGACAGUGGAUCUACAUGGAAGUCUUUUAAAAAACUUGUUACACCAAAGAGGAAGAGCAGAAUGGAAGAAAGUGGUUCAGUUGAGCAAAUCCAGUCAGAUACCGAGAUAGCUAAAGAUGAAUCUUCAUGUUCCUUAAGGAAACUUAUUUCAGGGCGUAAAAAAAUUAAGCCUGAUGGUCAGCUAGAAACCAUGUCAUCUGAUGAAGGCAGUAAAGAAACAGAAAUUAUCAUCAUUGAGGAUGAUGAAACGCCAGGGGUUGUACCUCUGUCUGAAUAUGAAAUUGUUGACCCUGAAAACCUGAACGUCAUAACUGAUGGACAAAUUGAAAGUAAAAAAGACAAAGAGAUGCAGCCUGCAAAAGAAGAGGACAAACCUAAACAAAUACAGAUUUUAUACAAUGAUGGUGUAAUGUCAGGUGUACCUAUUCCUACAGAGUGUAUGGAAGAAUUGACAGAAUUUUUAAGCAAACAUCAGCAACUCAGUGACAUUCCAGAGGAAGGAAUUGUUGAGGAAAGUGUUGCAACUCCUCUAUCCUUUGUUGAGUGGAUAACUCAAGAUGACACCAUAGAUGAUGAUAUAGUAGAUAUGACAGCUGAUGCAGUCACUGCUCCUGAACCUGCAUCUGAAUGCAAUGAGGAAGAAUCUACUGAAAUGGUGUCAGCUGUUUCCCAACUAUCAGAGUCCCCCAAAACAUCAGGAAAUGUAACACCAGUAUCACCUGUAAAUGAUAUGAGAGAAUCAGACAUGGAAGUUAUGGAAUCUAUCAGCAUGGUUCCAGUUGUUCUGUCGAUUACUACAAAAGACAAAGUCCCUGAGGCUCCGGCAGUGUCAGUUUCUCAAUUUAUUCUAGAGUCAACGACAACAACUGAAACGAAAGUAUUAGUAACCCAUAAAAAAGAGGAAGCUACAUCCAUCUGCAUAGGCAUUGUUUCUCAAGAAAUUAGAGCUACUGAAGUUGUUCUUCCUUUGCCCAUUGUUGAAGGAAUAUCAGAAAUAACUCAUGCAGUACCAACAGAAAUUGUCUCUGUGGAUUUGGUCGAAGAAUCUGAAGCAGCAGGAACAGCAACUGACAAUGUCUAUAAAGCUGAAAUCAAAGAAAUUAGAACGAUGUUACAUGAAGCUCUUUUACAUGUUGAGGAAAGUGUAGUUCUCUCUAAAACUGCAAGUAAAUCAAACCAAACAGUUAUAAUGGUUAAAAACAUUGAGGAAGAAGUUUCUCCUGUGAUACAGAUGGAAGAUGUGGUAGACGAUUCAACUAAAUUUUUUAAUGGAAUUCAUGGAUUUGCACCAGUUCAUUCUGCAGUGCAAGGUGGAUCUCAGCUUCUUGAGGAGCAGAUUAUUGCACUGAAUAUUAAUAGGCCUGAAACUGAGGGCCCACUUCAGUCAGCAUUAGAAGAACCUGUAUAUAAAUAUCUGACAGAAAACACUAAAACACCUGUUGAAGCUGAAAAAGAGCACAGAUUUCCAGAUGUUGAAUCAUCAACUGUUGAUGUUGAGCAACUUACUGUGGCUACAGUUGUUACACACAAUGUAGAUUCAGUACCUGACAGUUCUUUAAAUGGAGCUUCAAAAAUCAUAGAGACUAUAGUUCAAGAUACUGAACUAGCUAAGCCUGUAAUGUACAGUGUUGUAGCCUCAACGUCAAACACUGAUAUGUAUCAAGCUUCAGAAAUAAUAGAGAUGACUAAAGUUCUGGUAUCAGAUGUGAAAUGUGUCGAGACUACAAUGCCAUUUAGUGAGGUUACUCCUAUGUCAGAUUCUAUUAAGACAGAAACGGAAUUGAAGAAUGAAGUUCAAAAGAAAAUUGACUCUCCUCUGCAAAAUGCUGAGACAGAACUUGCACUUCGCACCACAUUAGAUUCAACAGAUGCCCUUGAACAUAGAGGGAAAAUUGGAGAUGAAGAAAAACUAACAAUAGAACAUACAUUUGCAGAAACAACUGAGGACAUUGUGGAUAAAAAGAUUGCUCUCAACCUCAAAGCAGAGAACCUGUCAGAAAUCAUAGAUAAACCAACAAAAGAAAGAGAAGGUAAAGAAUGUGAUUUGAACACAUUUGUCAUCAAAAGAACCUUACCAGUAGCAAUUUCUUAUGAAGACAAUGCCAUUAAAGUGCCAGAGGACAUGUCAAAAGAACAUAGAGAAACAGUCCUUGGAGAGAAUUUCAAGAGCGAACAAACCACAGGUGAUGAAAUAUGCAUGCUCACGUCUAAUACAGCUGAGACAGAAGAGAUCAUGAAGCCACCUGUCAUCUCUGAGCAUCCAAGAGUCUAUGAAGAAGUGGCAGAGGAUGGAAUCCAACAACCAACAACAGACAAUUUAGAGCUAGUUUCCCAACCAACAUUAUCCAAAGUAAUUACAUAUGCACUAACUACAGCUUUAGCUCCAGAGCCCAGAAAAGAAGUUUCAGCAAAAACAGACACAGUUAAAACACAUUGUGUGAAUAAUGAAUCUGACAAACUUUUAGAGGAUGAGAAAGAACAAACUGAAACAGCAAAGCCUGAAGUUCAUUUUGAAGUUCUGCCAAAAAAAGAAACUCUAGAGAUAGUUAAACCAUUCCUUGAACUGCGUCAACUUGAUACAGAUCAGCCACAAACAGAAAGUUUUAAAACAUAUGAAGAAAAUAAUCAAGCAGCUUCACCUAAAAUGGCUGAAACGAGGUCAGAAGUAGGAAUUAAACAUGAAGAAACAGGAGUGGAUUUUAAUACAUCCGACCAAUCAACAACACCUCUACAGUGCCUUAAACAAAUUGACAGUGUAAAUUCAUUAGAAGAAGUAAAAAAAACUGACAAGCUUUCAGUAGAGAAGCAAACUGAUAACACUACAGCUAAGCCUAACAUUACUAAGGGGAUCAUUACAGAACAUAAAGAAGCUGUAGAGAAAUAUCCUGAAGUUGAGCUUCAAUUAAAUGCUGAACAGACACAAAAAGAAGUGCUAUCCUUAAAGCCAGGAGAGAGUCAAGCGACUGAGUCCAGUCAUGAACCUUACAAGGAAAACCAAGUAACUAGUUCUGCUGAAAUAACAAUAUGUCGAAUCUGA